CACGAUUCGCUCCUUCGUACAUCUCGAUAUUGCUUCACAACACGUAAACGCAGCACUGGAAUCGUCUCCUAACAUUUUAGCUCACUUAGGCGUAUAAUAAUCUAUCAACGUUAGAGGGGACUGGGGAGCAAAACACCAGACCAGAAGAUUGUAACGGAUAUUCUGAUUCUUACUUAUUUAGUCGUUUAAACUGUGUUCUGCACUGUUGUUUUGCCUUUGUCCAGACGGACACAUCUAGAAAUAUUUUUUUCUCUAUAGUAGCCAGAUAUCUGAGAUGGGAGUGAGAUGUUGCGCCUUGGUUAUGUACAGUGUUCUUGCAGCUCUUUGUAUUGCCGUGUCCAGGGUGAACGCCUUAUCGGCGAACAGACAGUACCUGAACGAGUGGGCUGUGGAGAUUCCCGGGGGUAUCAAUGGUGCCCGCCUAAUCGCCAGAGAGCUCGACUACGAACUAAUCAGACAGAUUGGGGCGCUGGAGAAUCUAUAUCUGUUCAAACACCGGAGUCAUCCUAGCAGGACCAAAAGAAGUGCCGACCACAUCACAAAGAGGCUCGCAGAGGACGACCGGGUGACCUGGGCAGAGCAGCAGUAUGAAAAAAGGCGGGCCAAGCGAGCGCCGCUGGGUGCGGAGUGUCAGGGCUGCUCCGCGGACAAGCUCUUCAGCGACCCCAUGUGGAACCAGCAGUGGUACCUGCAAGACACACGUAACUCCCCCUCACUGCCCAAGCUGGACCUGCAUGUGAUCCCCGUGUGGAAGAAGGGUAUCACUGGGAAGGGCGUGGUCAUCACUGUCCUGGACGACGGGCUGGAGUGGAAUCACACUGACAUCUACCCCAACUACGACCCCGCUGCAAGCUAUGACUUCAAUAACAAUGAUCCUGACCCCUUCCCACGUUACGAUUCCACCAAUGAGAACAAGCAUGGUACUAGAUGCGCUGGUGAAAUUGCCAUGCAGGCUGACAACAACAAAUGUGGAGUCGGGGUAGCAUACAACUCCAAGGUCGGAGGGAUCCGGAUGCUGGAUGGAAUCGUGACGGACGCCAUCGAGGCCAGCUCCAUCGGCUUCAACCCCAACCAUGUCGACAUCUACAGCGCAAGCUGGGGCCCCAACGAUGACGGCAAGACCGUCGAGGGGCCCGGCCGACUCGCCACGAAGGCCUUUGAGUACGGCAUCCAGAAGGGUCGAAAUGGGAAGGGCUCAAUCUUUGUGUGGGCCUCUGGUAAUGGCGGUCGCCAGGGCGAUAAUUGUGACUGCGACGGCUACACCGACAGCAUCUACACUGUCUCCAUCAGCAGCGCCUCCCAGCAGGGCUUGUCACCGUGGUACGCGGAGAAGUGCUCCUCCACCCUCGCCACCGCCUACAGCAGCGGAGACUACACCGACCAGAGGAUUACGAGCGCCGAUUUGCAUAACGAGUGCACGGAGACACACACGGGCACGUCUGCCUCUGCCCCGCUGGCUGCUGGGAUAUUUGCCCUGGCUCUCGAACAGAAUCCGAACCUCACAUGGAGGGACCUGCAGCACAUUGUGGUGUGGACAUCAGAGUUCGACCCGCUGGCCAAUAACCAGGGCUGGAAGAGGAACGGAGCUGGCCUCAUGGUCAACAGCAGGUUCGGGUUCGGCCUCCUGAACGCCAAAGCCCUGGUGGACCUGGCCGACCCGGCGACCUGGAAACAAGUGCCGGAGAAGAAGCAGUGCAUCGUCAGGGAUGAGAGCUUCCAGCCCAGACCCCUGAAGGCGGCCGGUGAGAUCACCAUAGAGAUCCCUACCAAAGCGUGUGCUGGUCAGGAGAAUGCUGUGAUGUCACUGGAGCAUGUGCAGCUGGAAGCCAGCAUAGAGUACACCAGGAGAGGAGAUCUUCACAUCACACUCACCUCCCCAUCAGGCACCAACACCGUGCUGCUGGCGGAGCGGGAGAGGGACAUGUCGACUAACGGCUUCAGGAACUGGGACUUCAUGUCCGUCCACACCUGGGGAGAGGACCCCUCAGGCACCUGGACCGUCAAGAUCACGGACACCUCUGGUCGUAUGGAGAAUGAGGGACAGAUCGUGAGCUGGAAGUUGAUCCUCCACGGAACCUCUGAGCGUCCGGAUCACAUGAAGAAGCAGAGGGUCUACAUGCCUUACAACGCAGUUCAGAACGACCGCCGUGGUGUGGAGCCCAUGGAAGCCAUGAUGCAGGAAACCCCCACUCAGAAGUCAGCUCAAAAGGCCCCCCCUUCCCCCGAAUCACCUCCCUCCCCCACCCCCGAGGAGAAAUCCCCCCCCUCCUCUUCCCCCUCCACCUCCUCCCUGGCUCUCCUGCGCCUUCUGCAGUCUGCCUUCAACCGGCAGAGCCCCGCACUCGCGCCCCAGUCACCUGCCUCUACUGUCCGCAUGCAGCAGAGGGGAGGAGCGAGGGAGCAGGAGAGGGAGAGGGAGAGAGAGAGAGAGAAAGGCCGGGAGAGAGAAAGAGAGCGGAUCCCGGAGCAGAAGUUCUACCAGGCGAUGGAGCGUCUCAAGCAGCAGCGCGAGCCGGAGGAGAGCCUGUUCCGCGACUACAGCGAGCGUUUCUACGGCAACCAGCCCUACCGGCACCGGGAUGACAGGCUCAUCCAGGCCCUGUAUGACAUGCUGACUGACAACUCACAGUGAGGAAGAGGGGAGGAGAGGGGGAGAAGGAGAAGGAGGGGAGAGAGGGAGCGGUGGGGAUGGGGAUGGGGGAAGAGGGGAAGGAGAGGAAGGAGAGGAGUCAUAAGGCGCUUUUCCACUACAGGAGGUUGUGGGCUGUUUUACAGGGGCUGGCACCUUUAGGCGGUUUUCCACUGCAGGAACCCCCCCUGUAGGACCUCUUUUAAGUAAUUUACUUUACUCUAAAUUGACUUUAAGUAAAUCUUGCUUCGUUUUAAAAUAGUUUUCCACUGCAAAAUUUUGGUGGCUAAAUAUGUACCUGCUCCGGUGUAGGCACUUCUGUACGGCCCUGAAACGGAUGGGUGGCGCUUGCUUGACGCUCAUUAGUUAAAUGCGACACGAGUGGAAGAGAACAACAGGCGCCAUUUUUAAAACCAGCAAGAUUUACUAGAAACUACAUGGUGAAUGCAGCAAUGUUAAUUAUAGCUUACAUAGUUAGCUUGUUGAGGUCACUGAAUGAACACAAAUGUAAGCUUUAAUGAAGCCAUGAAGCCAUUAAUUGUUAGCAACUUUGUACCUAAAUUGAACUGUUGACUCGACAUGUAAUCCAGAAAAUCUCUGGUUUAACUGUCUAAUGUUGGUGCUGCUGCUGGAGAAAUAUAUAAUUAUUUUCUUUUGACGAAUUGACGUCACGGUCGAAGAGCAAAAAAUGAGGAUGCAUCACUUGUAGGUCCGUAGUUCCUGCACCACAAUGGAAACAGAAAGGCUGAAAGGGCCGAUUAGGGGGCCGUUCCUGUAAACGUACGGUACCUGCCACCUGUGAAGUGCCCCGAGUUCCUGCAGUGGAAAAGUGCCUAUUGGGAUGGGGAAUGGGGAAGAUGGAAAUGAAGGAUAGAGGGAAGAGGUAAGGAAAGGGUGAAAGAAUCAGAGACCUGGAGAUGGCAGGAGUAAGGGGUGAGAGGGAGAGGAAGGUGAUGAAGGUGAGGUGAGGAGUGCUGGGUUGUUGAGUGUUCGCUUGAGGGAGAGGAGGAGAGAAAAGAGAGGAGAUGGGGGUGAGGGGGGAGUGUGUGAUGGAGGGAUGAAAGAAGGAUGACAAGAGGAAGUGAUACCAACCGGAAGAUCUCGAGACUAAGUGGUGAUGGGAGGUUGAGGAAGUAGGCUUGGGCAGUAUAGCGGAAAUAAUCAUCUGUCCAUUUGGACACACUGACAGCGUAUUUUAUGUUAGGGUGGUUUUACACAGUGCUAUGCUUGGUAUUACAAAUGGGUGUAUCCCCCUAAAAUGUAGUAGCCUUUUCUUACAAACUAUCAGAUUUGGCACUUCGGUGUUUUAGUGAUUUGGUAUUUUAGUGAAGCACAUUGGCCACAAGAGGUCAGUAAAGUAAUGCUCUUUGUACAGCGUUUAGUACUACAGCUGCAACUGCAAAGCAAAAAGAAAAUGCAGUUGAAAGAGAAAUGGUGAAGAAAGAAAAGGCUUGUUCACCAAGAAAAGAAUGAAGGAUUUCUCCCAGUGUCACACAGUCUUGCAAGUGUAGACAUGGCAGGGUUCAUUUCUGAGUAGUUGAUGUUGGUUUAAAUUACAGGGCAAUCGCUAAUUUUAUUACUUCGUGAUAGGGGCAAAUUAAAACAUUCAACUGUACAAACAGAGAUUUAAGAUCCCUUGAACGACUGAACGAUUGGCUAAUUACUAUGCCCUUCAGUGAUUGGCUGGUUAAAUCCACCCCUUAGUCAGCCAUGGAACAGACAUGUACAUGCGCUUAUAUGAAAACACUGUCCACCCUGGUGUAAAGCCAGAAGGUCUCGGAGUAUGAAGAAAGACAUAUUGCCCAAGCCUGCAUGGAUGGGGAUGAGGGAAAGUGGAGCUUCAGGAUAGAAGAAAAAUACUCAGAGUGGGAUGAAAUAAAUGGAAGAAACCAGUGAAAGUCGGGCUAGACAAGAGAAAGAAGAUAAAGAUGGUAGCAGGGGACAAGAAUGGCAGGAUGAAGGGUUCAAAAAUAAUUUUAAAAAGAGGAAGGAGUGGGGGUUGGGGAAGGAGAAGCUGUCACACUUCCAAACCGUUCAUUUGCUACACCUACGAUUCCAGCCCACAGCAUUCUGGUCUAUCAGUAUGGAUGUGUCUGUCUGUCUGCCUGCCUGUUUAUGUUGCAGAUAUCCAGCAUUCUGUUCUUUGUGAAGGGGUAACUAUCCACAAAAUCCGAUGUCUCAAGAUUUCUGGACACCCAAAAGGUUGACUUGCUGACAAAGUCAUUGUGAAGUUAAUGUGAGCCUAUUUUGCCAGCUGUGCAAAACAUCUUUCUGGGACCAUCUAUGUAGACUUCAAUUUAGCAAGCAUAUCAUAGCACUAUUGGGGGAAUCUUUGAAAUAGACAGCUGAGAGUUCAGAACUGCCAGGGUUGUCAUUAUAAACACAGAAGUCUUUCAGUGGAUUUCAGUGCUAAUUCUCCCUGGGAAGGGACUGAGCAGAGGCCUUGGCAGUAGCAUCUCUGUUUCGUAUUUCCUGUCAUGUGACCAGGCUAGCUGCACUCUGAUUGGUGUGUCCCAAAGCACAACUCCUCCUGUUCUGAUUUUAGCCAAUCAUCUCAUGCUGACAUCACCUCUGUCCCUUGCUGCUGCAUGCAAAACUUCAGAAUAAGUAAAUUCCUUGUUUAUUUCUUUAAAUAUAUAUUAGAGUAUACAAAAGACAAUGAAUGUAUGUUGUUUUGUAUGACUUCCUUUACCUGUGUUUAAGGUUUCACUCUGUAUUCAACAGACACUUUACUGUCCAAGUCCAUGGAGAAAUCUAUGUAAUUUAGCAAAACUACGUAUUCUAUAUUCUAUAUUCUACAUAUUUACUAUAGCGUUUUAACUAGAAGGAUUACUUGACAGGGUAUACCUCUCUAUGUACAAAACAGUGAAUUGUCUUUACUUUCAUGAAAGGUUUUGCACCUUAAUGCAGUCUUAAGCUCCUUCACGUCUUAAAUCUAAAACCUGUGUAGAGGCCAUCCUCUCAGGGUAUCAAAAGUUAUUGUGCAUAGUGAAAUAAGAGUUUAAGAAGAAAACUUCCAAAUGCACAGUGCCAUUAUUUUUUAGCCAAUACAAGCCUUCCAGAAUUGUUAAGUUUUGCAUUGGCCUUUGAUUUAUUACCUCAGUAUCUCUUGAUUAAUAUAUUAUUUAAAAAAUUGUGGCUGCUAAAUUCCAUUGUAACUGUGUUACUAAAGAACUUGGUUGGAUUUGCUUCAUACAAUUCAAAUUAAUCUAAUAAUCUGUCAUUUUCUGACAUUUUCAAAAUCAGACUUGCUUUCCUGGACAGGUUAAUAUUGACUAUGGUUUAAUUUUAUAUUAAAAGUGCAUUAGAUAAAGAUGGUUUAUUUUUCUAAGAGAGCCUUGUAGUGUAUGACAAUAAAAUAUUUAUGAUCUAUAAAUCUAUAUGGAAAACCCUAAAUACCAACAGAUUUUUAUUUAUUCAUCAUCUUCUCAUUCUAUGUUAAAGUAGAGUUCUUGAUAAUGUUAUAUAUCUGGAACUAAUUAUCUAUCAAUAAACUCUCCUCCGUUGUUGUGCUAAAGAAUGAAAUGUGCCGGUCUGUGUUUUCUGGUGUUUCUAUCAAAGCUGUUGUUGCCAUCUUCACAGUUUUGGAAAUCAUACAGGAUUGAUGCUUAGCCCAGUAGGCAGUUGUGCAGUGCAUGUCUGACACCAAGAUCUAGAUUUGUCCACCACUUCAGAACAUGCUAAACUACCCCCGGCUUUGUGUUUUGAUGAAAUUCAAAGAGUGCAGAUGAACUUCCCUGGUACUCAAACCUUCCCUUAAAAGCAGCCUCCAGAUUCGAAUAGUCUGUUAACUGUUUGUCUUUCUUAGGAUUGGCCACUGAUGGUGCAUCAGUCUGAUGGGUCGGAAAUGUGGUUUAGUCAAGGUGAAGCCCAAAUGAUACUUAUUCAUGUUCAGGGCAGAAUUCUGCUAGUCCGUCAUACCAAAUCAACCAACCUUCAUACCAAAUCAACCAACAUCCUUCAUACCAAAUCAUCAGUGAGAUCUAGGUUGUGCCUGGAGGUCCAUUUAUUGCUGUGAGACAACCCGGAUCUUAUUCCCAAAGACCUUUCUUUCAGCCUGUCCACUUUGUGUAGUCAUUUCCUACCUGGAUUGAGACGGUGCUCCUCAGUCUCCCACCCUCUUGCAAAGAAGAGUGACCGAGAGGAAAAGAGAGUUCACAUAUCUUGUAAUUUAAGCAUAAUUCUGUGUAGCCAAUGUGGAUUUCUUUGCUGUUUUAUUGCUUAUUGUCUUAUCUUUUCUUUUCUUUUUUCUUGCUGGAUUGACUGAUACUCCUAUCUGAUGCUGUUUAGAAACCCCUGAAACAGUUUUCAGUGAUGUGCUAUUGAGAUUGAUCAUGGCAUUUGCUCAUAAUAAACUGUAAAGUUACCUUGCAAGUUAAA